CAGCCACCCGUCCUGUCAGUCUCAACCAACACAGCCCUUAGGUCCUGUGAGCCAGCCAGCACCCUGGCUGGGUGUCCACCCCUACCAGCAAUGGUGAUUUCCAGACCUCCCCCAGAACUGGGUGGGGACCAGUUCAGGAUCUUAAUCUUUCUGGUGCUGCUGACUUCCACAGCUACCGUCAGUGCUGCCAACAUCCGAGUGUCCCCAGACUGUGGGAAGCCUCAGCAGCUGAACCGGGUUGUGGGAGGUGAGGACAGCACGGAUGCCCAGUGGCCUUGGAUUGUAAGCAUCCUCAAGAAUGGUUCCCACCACUGCGCAGGCUCCUUGCUCACCAACCGCUGGGUGGUCACAGCCGCACACUGCUUUAGGAGCAAUAUGGACAAGCCAUCUCUGUUCUCAGUAUUGUUGGGGGCCUGGAAGCUAGGGGAUCCAGGCCCAAGAUCCCAGAAAGUAGGCAUUGCUUGGGUGCUGCCCCACCCCAGGUAUUCUCGGAAGGAGGGAACCCAUGCAGACAUUGCCCUGGUGCGCCUAGAGCACCCCAUCCAGUUCUCUGAGAGGAUCCUGCCCAUCUGCCUACCCGACUCCUCUGUCCAUCUCCCUCCCAACACCGACUGCUGGAUUGCUGGCUGGGGAAGCAUCCAGGAUGGAGUGCCCCUGCCCCACCCCCAGACCCUUCAGAAGCUGAAGGUGCCCAUCAUCGACUCCAAACUCUGCAAAAGCUUGUACUGGCGGGGAGCGGGUCAGGAAGCCGUCACUGAGGACAUGUUGUGUGCUGGCUACCUGGAAGGGGAGAGGGAUGCUUGCCUGGGCGACUCUGGGGGUCCCCUGAUGUGCCAGGUGGAUGACCAUUGGCUACUGACGGGCAUAAUCAGCUGGGGAGAGGGCUGCGCGGAGCGCAACCGGCCAGGUGUGUACACCAGCCUCCUAGCUCACCGCCCCUGGGUGCAAAGGAUCGUGCAAGGGGUGCAGCUGCGCGGCCACUUGGCACACAGUGGGGACACAGGAAGCUCCUAAGCUGGGAUCUGAAGAUGAGCAGCCUUCUGCAAUUCUCUUUGCUGUAAAUAUGUCUUCUACCUCCCGGGGGCGCAUGAGGCCUACGCGGGAGAACAAGGAAGUCCUGGACCCGCCCACAGAGAGGCCCCGCCCCUCAAUGGAGGACUGUGUGUGUGUGUGUGUGUGUGUGUGUGUGUGUGUGUGUGUGUGUGUGUGUGUUCGUGAACGCACAUGCGUGCGGAAUGAUAUUUUUUACAGUUAUUUGUAACCAUGCAUACAUAUUUAUUCCAGUUUCAAUAAAUUAUUUAUUC